GGUCACUUGCAACUUAGCUAGACCAGUGGCCCCAGAGUUGAUGCUUAACUAGUUGCAGGUUCAGGCAAGUCGAACAAACCUUGGAAGAGGCCUUCGUCGUUCACAGUCUCGGCCAAUCGUGAGCUGGCCAAUUGCGCAAGUGCUGAUUCUCGCUUCAAGGUCAACUCAAUAUUGAGUCUUGCCCGUCUCACCUCACACCCCGCCAUUGUUCAUAACCACCUUCAACAACAAUAGUUGAUAAAAAGCAUCUGUCGUCUGGAAGAGAAUCAGAGAGUCUUCCGUAACCGUCUCAUUCAGAUACGGUUUUUUCUUGUGUUUGCUGUUUAGCAGCAUCAUAAACAUUAUAUCGUGCAUUACAUACAUAUCAUGGCCUCUGCAACCGGGAUCCCAGAACAGAGCCCCGUAGCUAUCGGCGGGAACGAUGAGCAGGAGCCUCUGCUGGGCAGGCCAGGAGAUGUCAGCCAGAAGGAAGGCCAGGCGCUGGUGACAAAUUUGGUCACAGGCUCGGCAACUAUUGCCCAAGCGGGUAUUUGGAUACUUGCCGCUCUCGUCUGGAAUGGCGUCUUCUCCCACGAGCUCAUAUUCUUCUCCCCGCACCCGCUCCUCAACUCCGCCGCCAUUCUCCUAACAACCCAAGCCAUCCUCAUCCUCCAGCCAACCCACACCCCCGCUCAAAAGCGCAGCGGCACCCUCGCCCAUUUCGGCCUCCUCGCCGUCGCCAACCUCUGCUUCGUCUCCGCCCUCAUCAUCAUCGAAAUAAACAAAAGCCCCGCACCCCGAGUACCGCCUCCACUCCGUGCACGGCAUCAUGGGCCUCAUCACCUACAUCUUCAUCUUCCUGCAGGCGCUUGUGGGCGCCGCACAGUAUUUCUACCCCACGUUUGCCUUCGGGAGUGUGGACAAUGGCAAAAAGAUCUACAAGUAUCACCGGGUCAGUGGAUACGUGCUGCUUGUGUUGGAGCUGGCGACGGUGGCGGCAGCGACCCAGACAGAUUAUAAUAUGACUACGUUACACAUUAAGCUGUGGGCGGUGUUGGUGGCCGCCGUUCUGGUGCUGGCAGGGGUUGGGGCCAGGAUUAAGAAGCAGAAGAUGAAGAUUUUUUAGCUGGAGAGGUAAUGUGGUUAGGGUUAGGGUUAACUAGGGGAGUGGAGUGGAGUGGAGUGGAGUGGGGUGUAUGCUAGUAUAUGAAUAUGGGAGAGCCGCCGGUGAGACAUACAUAACCUAUUCUUCUUUUAGUGUUUUUCUUUUGGCAUCGACCUCUAUUUGGUUGAAUUGGGUUUCUCAAGUUGGAAUAUAUAAUACUACGGAUCCGUGGUGAGUUUGGGGAAAUGAUUGCUCACCUUUUCCAUUUCUUGAUAUAUCUGUUCCGGAUCUCUCCUUCUGCUACAGUUCGGUGUCGCCGGAGCGUUUCUUGGGAUAUGCACUAGGGACUUUUCUGAUUCAUUCUCACUCUGCUGAGCAUUUAGCUGAAUGUGAUCCGGGGAAUCGACUGAUAUAACUUAUUUAUCUUUUUAUAUAAUAUUUCGGAUCUCAGUUUCCUGGAGUUUUGUGAGGUCGUCGAUUAGUUUGCUUAGUUAAAAUAAUGAUUGAGGAAAUAACAGCUUUGUUUAUACAUUUUCAAUCUUCUGAAAAUAAGUUGCAUUGACUUGAUAAUGCUGUUUUCUAUGAACUAAAAGCUCUCAUUUAAUGUCUUUCAUGAAAAUCUUCUCAAAAUUUAUAAUGAAAAUAAAUAAAAUACAGAGCUUGUCUGCUUCAGUGCU